AUGUCUUCCGAGCCGCCAGCGGCUGGGCUGUCGAAUUCUCCGUUUGACGACCCUACAUCUCACCGACCGCUUUCGCGCAAUCCUUUCCUGGACCAACCUCCGGCCGUGCGCUCACCCGGCGCAGUGUCUACUCAUUCUGACUCCCAGAGCUUGUCAGCGGAGGAUAUAUUUUCUCUCCUUCCCAAGUCAUUCAUACCACCCUACUCUGACUUUCAGCCAUCAUCUCUACCAAACGCGAAGCGACCUAUGGAGCGACGCGCACCACCACCCCCCCGCCUUGGCGAGAAGCCCGGCGCUCAACCUCUGCCCGGCAUGCAGAAGCACCGGCCAACAAAGUCCCAAGAGGAGGCCCUCAGAGCGAGGAAGCAAGCUCAAGGCUCCCAGCCUGGUAUAUCACAAUCUCCGCAGAGAAGGUCUCAACGACGACCGCGACGUAAUUCUGAGUCUUCGGUUAGGGACUUCGAUACCAAACCCAUCACGGACGAGGAGCGGAAAUUGGUCGAAGAAAAGCGUCGCGCGAAGGACAAGCUGCGGCGUGAGGGUCGUGAUGGGAAAGAUAAGGGCCGGUCGGGCAGACCGAGCCGUCGGAUCGAUAUCAUUGACCAGCUGGACGCGACAAGCAUCUACGGAACCGGGUUGUUCCAUCAUGACGGUCCAUUUGAUGCACUGCACCCGCACCGCAAUCGACAGAGCAGUCGCCGCGCCCCGAUGCAAGCAUUUCCGAAAGAUUCGCUCAAUAACUCUAUUGGCGGUUCCGGGCCUCUCAACCCACAAGCAGAUCAUUCGACCUUCAUGGGAGAAACUGCCGAAGCAUUCAGAGACUAUGCGGCCGGUGCCCGUGCUAAGAAUUCCACCAUCUUCAAUCCUGUAGCUCGUGGCGAUGUAAUCCAUGGUGAUGAGAGCCAUGGUCUCGGUACCUCAACCUUCUUGGAGGGAACUCCGGCUGCGCGCGCUGCUAUUGCUCGACACCGGGCUGAGGAGGCGCAGGAAGCAGUGACCGGGGGUAUACAGCGAAAGAAGUCUUUGGCGCACCGUAUCCGAUAUAUGAACAAGGGUCCUCGUGAAUAUCACAGCGCUGGACAAUAUUCUCCUGACGCAGUACCAUCCCGCCAUGCUGACGGCUCUGAACCCAACCAAGGCUACUUCUCCGAAUUUGGCAAGGGCGAAGAUAACAUAACGGUCCAGCGCCGAGACGGCACCCUCUCGCCGGUCAGUCCGCCGCCUGUUCCAAGACGUGGCUCUGGCGCAACUCUUGAGAGGCGAGCCACAACAGAUGCCACCGGCCCAUCAGAGGAAACCCCCGCGAAACAAAGUAGCCUUCUAGGAAGAAUGAAGAGCUUAAAGGGUGGCAGGAAGCCCAGGAAUGUGGACGGUGCCAAUAGUGUUUCGGCAAACCAGGGGUGA